ACAUGCUAGUGUGUGUCUGUGUGUGUGUUACAGGAACAACAGGUGUGUGGCAGCUGCUGAGGCCUCAGCUGCCUCCAUGUGUGCGUGUGCAGGAUGGUGGAGCAGACUGGUCCAGGUUCAGACCUGCAGGCUGAGCGCUCAUCCACAUGAGAGGAAGUGGGUGAAAUGUUGAGCUCAGUCCAGAUCUCACACAUCGACCACAGGCAGUGAUGGAGACUAAACAUCAACUCCUCACAAGCAGAGACAGGAAAUCAAGCUGAAUGAGCAUCUCCACUUCCUCCCACUGUACAAAACUGAAGCCAAAUUAUCUCUGAUAUGAACGCUGUCAUCUUCUGCUGAUGACGUCGUUUAGAGUCAGAGUCUGGGCAGUCGGCCAAACAGGAGUCAGUCUCAGCUGUCAAUCAGUCUCUUUUCAUAUCAAAUACACCAAACUGAUCAGAAAUGUGAACAUCAGUGUGAUAACAACAACCUGAAAUGACAGAAACCAUCUUUGAGAAACAUUUGGUAAGCUUUGUUUGCUCCAUAUCCCAUCUGCCAACAUGGAGGAGGUGGGGUUUAUGACUGGCUGUCUCCGAAAUCAUUCACUAAUCACUAUAUAGUGAAUAUAGUUGUUCCCACAAUGCAUCGUGAAAAGUAGUGAACAGCCAAUGGUCACUAACCAAGUAAAAUAUACCAUCAUGCUUGUGGCGGAGCGAGGGCAUUCAACACCUAAAAGUAUCAGCAGUAUAAAUUUAACAUUGAAAAUGUCAGAUUUUCCAACGACCAACGUAGUUAUUGUUUUUUGUCAUAAUCCUGAGACAAUGACGUAAUUCCCAGCGCAGAGAAGAUGGACAGGGUAAUGUCCAGAAGUGUUUUUAACUUUUGCAGAUGAGCUCACGAUAUACUUCUCUUAUAUAAAAGCCACUAUGUAGUGAAGUAGGGUUUAGAGUUCAGACGCAGCCUGUGGCUUCACUUUUGGGAGCUGGCAUGUUGUCCAUCUUUAUGUACAGUCUGUGUGUGUAUAUAUAUAUUUGUGUAAUGUAUGUAUAUGUAUGUGUGUUGAAGUGCCUUUGAGCAGCAGAGUCGACUCCCUCCAGGACAAACUGCUCUCUCUCUUACUCUCUCUCUCUGUGUUUGUUCCUCUCUCGCCCGCUGUCCUUCUCCCUUGGUUACAAUUGAUGAAAGGUCUCACCAUGGCGAUGGUUUCCAAGGUGUUUGAUAGCCAUGGACCCGUCCAUCACGCUGUGGCAGUUCCUGCUCCACCUGCUGGAGGACCAGCGGCAGCGUCACCUGAUCUCAUGGACAGGUGAGGACGGAGAGUUCAAGCUGCUGGACGCUGAAGAGGUCGCCCGACUGUGGGGACUCCGCAAGAACAAGCACAACAUGAACUACGACAAACUGAGCCGAGCGCUGAGAUACUACUACGACAAGAACAUCAUCAAGAAAGUCAGUGGUCAGAAGUUUGUCUACAAGUUUGUCAGUCAGCUUGACCCCUCCCUACCUGAGGGGGUGCCUAACGGAGAGGACAGCCAGAGGAGGGAGAACACCGACCCAACCAGCCAAUCAAAAGGCCUCGGGGGCGUGGCCUCAACCUGUCCAUCAAAGGGCUUGCCCCAGCGCUCGUCACCCAGCACCCUCCUUAAAAGCUCCAGAAACGACUACAUGAAGUCCGGCCUCUACUCCACCUUCACCAUCCAAUCACUGCAGGCCUCGCCCAACCCACGGCCAAUCAAAACAGAGCUGCUGCUGCAACAAGACGCAGCGCCCAAGGUGGAGCGCACGCCCAGAGAGGUCUGUGUGUUGUCAGAGUCUAAACCUCUGUCAGUAGGUGGCGUUGUUGACUCGUCUCUUCAGGUGAUCGUCACUCAGCCGUCUCCUUGUCCGACUCCGGCGCUCAGUCCUCAGAUACCAGCCAGCGCCACCAGCCAAUCACAGAAUCCCCCUGCUCCUCCUCUGAGCGAACCCCCGCAGAUUUAUCUCACCAGUGUCGGGGAUUCGUCCUCCUUCACCCCUCUCAUCCCCCUCCAGGGCCUUCAGGGGCCACAGCAGGACGACGUCAACCACGCCGCCAGCUUCCCACCUCACUCCCACACUGCUCCUCACGCCCCGCCCGUCUUCGUCAUAAUAAACCCGCCUCCCCUCCAGCAACAGCAGCAGGUGGCCAUGACUCCUGCUCUUCCUUCCCUUGCGCCUCCUCCCCCCACUCGUCCUCCUCCCCCCCCCAUCAUCAUCAAGGAGGAGAACCUGCCAUCAGAAGAGGAGCUGCUGGAGAUAGUCUCUCUGGAGGAGAAACAGAGGGAGGAGGACCCAGAGCCCCCCCUCACCAUUGUGGAGAGUCCGCCCCCGACCUACAUGGAGCUCAGGGUCGGAGGUCAGCCACCUGCAGGGCAGAGGGGAGUGGAGGGGGAGGUCAAGGUCACAAUAAUAGAUCCCUCCGUCCCUCCUGUAACCCCCACCUCAGCUGUGACCCCUCCAGUGACCUCCACCUCGGACGCAGCUCCUCCCAAACCAAAGAAGCCACGGGGGCUGGAGCUGCCCUCCUCCCCCUCCCUCCCCCCCGGCCUCUCUCUGGAUAAGGUGAAUGCAGCUGUGAACAGUUUACUGGCUCCGGGAUCAGCGACCAACACGCUCACCCCGACCGUCAUCACCUCCCACGCACUGACGCCGGUGCUGUUGACUCCCAGUCCUCUUCCUUCCACCAUCCACUUCUGGAGCACGCUCAGUCCCAUCGCUCCUCGCUCACCAGCCAAACUCUCCUUCCAGUUUCCCACUAACGGCAGUAAUCAGAUCCACAUCCCAGCUCUGAGCGUCGAUGGUCUCUCCACACCUGUGGUCCUCUCCCCUGGUCCCCAGAAGUCCUGAGCCCCCCCUGCCCGAAUCACACAGCUCGUCACCGGGCUCCUGACUCUUCUGGCGAGGCCCCUGGCCCCCUGGAGGGUCGGAGGAGAACUGCAUCUGGACUGCCUCUGAAGCACUCCGCUCAGGUUCAAGCUCAUCGUGUGACUGGUAAGAGCGGCAGGUUUGAUUGUUGGAGUCUCUGAACUGAGCAGGACGACGUCUGAGCAUCGUUCAUUGUUCAGUCUUUUCUUGUAGCGACCUCAGACGACGUGUCGAGGGGUUGUCGGAAAACGGGAUUCUUCUCUUCACUCGCACCACAAGAGGCUGACAGAUGAUGAGGUGGAGGGAUAUUUCUUCUUCUGAGGGCUUUAACUGACAGAAUAACUUUACAGAUUGUUUUUAAUUUGAUUAAAUGAACAGAGAAGAAUCACAAAUGUUUUUCUUCAGUCCGACGGAAUCCGUUAACGAUGGGAAACAUGGAGAAAAGAAAAACAUUUGUUUAACAUUUAACCAACGUCUGUUCUUUUUUGGGUUUGACUGAUGGAGGAUCUGUUUCAAACAGAAACCGUGUUUUUUUUAAUCAUCUGAGGAGAUUUUUGCACAUCUGGAAUCGACCUGAUUCGUUAGGAAACAUCUGGAAAUCGCUCGGAGCUGAAAUCAGAUUCAUCUUUAAUGUUGCUCAGAACUUUUUACUUUGAAAAAGUGGUUAUUUAUUUCUCUUUCUUGUUUUCACUCCUGAAUAUAACUGGACUGUUUCAAUCAACUAAAAAGGUGCGUUUGAUUUACACACCCUCACAUGAGGUCAGUUAUUUCAGCAUCAUUUUAUAAACCUUCCUCCAAAAAACGACUUUUACAGACACUUAGGGUUUUUUCUUCGCUCUUAUUGGCCGCUUUUUAAGGCCACGCCUUUCCACACUUAUGCAUGGCCUGUUAUUGGACUGAACUCAUCAGCGUUGCGUUGAACCGACCAAUCAUAGCUGAUGAUGAUGAUGGACUCGUCAGUUUUUACUCAGCCAAGUUAUUUCUCUAUAAAUGUCUCAGAUUGUAUAUUUUGUAAAAGAGACUUGAAGAAGUUUCGUCUUGUGAUUCUUCAGGAGAUAAAUGUUUGGGGUCAAAGUUUAAAUGACGUCUGACAGUCACUUUCCUCUGGCUGUGAAGUAUUGAUCAGCGUGUUUGUUUAUUGAUUGAUUUACGUGUAUUCUUCAUUCCAGACGUAAAGUAGAUUUUUCUAGGAGCAGCUCUAAUUGAUGAAUGUUGUUGCAGUGACGUUUUGAAAUCACAGUCGUUCUCGCUCUUUUUAAAUCCGAGGAGUUCAGGUCCGAAAAAAAGUUUCACUUUUUAUUCCCCAAAAAAUCCAAAGUGAUGAACCUGUGGACAGAGUCUGGUUCCUCUGAAAAGACUGUUGUUGAUGUUGUUGUUGUUGUUCUUGUGAUGCUAGCUGAGCUCUGUGGUUGCCAUGGUAACCUGACCUGACUGUUGCUGCUCUUGUUGCUGAAGCUCCUUGUGAUGACGCUGUUAACAUGUUUCUAUGCUUCUGUGUGUGAUGACAAGGCUGCUGACUCCCUCACACACACACACACACACACAAUAUAUAUGUACACUCAGUGACCUGGGCCCUGUACUACGCAGCCGGACUUAUACAUUACAUUACAUUUAGCUGAGGCUUUUAUCCAAAGCGACUUACAAUAAGUGCAUUCAACCAUGAGGGUACAAACCCAGAACAACAAGAAUCAAGAAAGUACUAUUUCUUCAAGAAAAGUUCAGGUUAAGUUCGGGGUUUCCAGUCCUACGAAGCUUGUUCACUUCCUAUCGGGGUAAAUCACCAUGGUAACUUAUGCUGAGCAGAUAACCUGCUCCAGGUUAAGUUGCAGAUAAGGGAUCAAACCGUAUAAAAGCUCCGCCCACUGACCAAUCAAUUCCUUUGAACCGUGACAUCAGCGUUCUUAGAGGAUCCGUGGAGCUGGUGUGGAUUGUUCGAGUCUGAGGAGGACCAGGGUCUUCAGAGACCCACAAGAUCCUUUGAGCUCCUCUGAUGAGUUUCUGAAAGAUCUAGAUUCUCCUCAGAGGAUAAACCUCUGUCAGCUGCUGGAGCCGAACAGAACCAACCUGACCUGUUGGAGCAAAGUGCUCACAGAACCACAGACUGCACCUGCUUCACCUACUGACACUGAUGUACUGGGCGAGUUAGCGGAGGGAUAUCAAGACAUAGUUUAAUACUUUUAUCCUUUGAGAAGCUUUAUCCUAUGAAAUUUAGUAUUUAUUUAGAAUGGGAGAUGGAUCGUUUGCAGAUGUAACUUGUGACAGUCUCUCUCUCUCUCUCUCUCUCUCUCUCUCUCUCUCUCGAAAUGGCGCACGAAAAUCGGUCCAUAUGUGUUUAUUGAGUAGUGAUGUCAAACGUUUCCCCCACAGUGUGUCCUCAGUCAGUUCAGACAGUGUGUGUCAAACUAAAGCUCAUUAUAGAGGCUACAUCAUGUGAUUAGGCGAACAAACAAUGAUCACAUGAAUAGAAAAGAAAAGAUUGUUUUUUGUCUGUUGUGAUUGAUCUGAUUGGUCAGUAGUUUGGUCAUUGACAGGUUUUGAUCUCUUAUCUCAAACUGCUUCGGAGUCGGUUAGUGAUUUAGCAUCAGUUCCCAUGGUGAUUUACCUCAGUAACAAGUGAUCCAGCUUCAUGGGACUUGGAAGAGUUGAACCUGGAUAACCUCAGAUCCUGCUUCAUAGUUCAGAACCCAGGUCUGAGACCUGAACUGGACAAAAUGUCCUCACAACUAUGGUUUUAAACCAAACUUUGAUCUCACAGACAUAACAAGACAUGAACAUAUGCAAACACACACACACGCCUGGACUGUCGGGAGCUGAGUGAAGCUGGAGUCUGAGUUUCAAGACAUUUGUAAAUGAUGACGCAGCCGCCCACAUUCUGAUUGGAUCUUAUCAGUCACAUGACUUGACUAUCAGCGGUGAACACCUCGUCAUCAGAAGGGAAAUCCCUGCUCUUUCUUUUUACUAUCGCUGAGCACUAAGUGACCAACUGCAGAGUAGACAAUCUACUUCCUGUUUACACCACAUGACCAGUGCACAUGAAUGGUCAUGUGACAGGUGUGUUAGUGUGGAUGGAGAUUAUUUCUGAUAAGGAGCUAAAGCUCGGGUCAUUUUUGUCAAUUUGGGGCGAAGCCUAGAAUUACAAAUAUCUUUCAUCAAAACACUGAGAAAAAGACUCAGUUCAAUGUAAAGAGAAAACGGGAAGAAAUGUUUUAUAUUUGAGCUGAAAUGAGAUUUUUAUUUUGUUUCUUUAACGAAUCAUCAGUUCUGAUUUGCGGGAACUCAAAAGUGCCACAUGAAGAAGACGAAGAGUUCAGGGGUGGAGCUGGUUUUCUUACAGAUGUACGAACACUCUUAAACACUUGGCAGAAAAGACAAUGAUGUUAAAAAAUAAACCAAGCUUGUUGAAUUGUCUCUUCAGCCUCACGUCAGCUCCUGACGGGGACAUUUCCCAGCCUCAGCAGUGAUGUAAACGCAGCUCCAAGCCAUUGUGUUUGACUGUUCUCUAGAGCAUGACUCUAUUUUUCUAUUACAGACGACGAGUUUAUUUUGUCAAUAAAGUUUAGUGAGUGAACGAAGCCUUAAAGAUUCUGAGCUGCAGCAGAAGAAAGAAACGGUCGAUGUUUUUAAACUGCAUGAUGAAGAAAAAGCCAUUUACAGACGACAUUGUGACGUUAUGCUAACAUUUCUCUCACCAGCAGAACACCAAGAAUGUUUUUAUAUUCAUCAGCGGGAGCAUUGCAUUCUGGGUAAUGUCUAGGUUAGUUUAGAGCUGGAGGUUCACUGUAAAAAAUUGUGUGCCGCUUUGAUAAGGACGUUUUAUUGACCAUGUUCAAAAAUGUUUUAUCUUUAUCUGGAACAAUAAAGUUUGAUUUGAAGUUAAAGCAAAUCAGAAACAUUUUCUAUAAAUCAGUGCAGUGAUUUGAUUAUUGAUGUUUGAUUUAUGUUUGUUCACGCCUCCGUGAGUCGAACACGUUUGGCCCUCCAAAAUAAAAGUGGCACAACAUUUUUCACGUGUCCGUUAAUCCAGCGCUGUUGCAAACAAAAGGUCGUUUCACAUUGUGUGACGCGUUUUGUGAUCAUUGUGAGCGACGCCAUGUUGUCAUGCGGAGCUUUCUGUCUGAUCAGCUGCUGUUGCUAUGGAGAAGAAUCGAUGUCGGUUAAAGGUUUAGAAAUGACCUCUGAUUGGAUUAUUCACUGAAAGUUGACCCCUUUACUAAAUAUGUUCUGUGACCUUUGACCUUUUGUCAGGUCAGUGUUCGUUUUGAUGAUUCAGAAACAAAACAUUAUUUUGACAAACUUGUCAUACUCAGAGGUGCUGAGUGUGUCCCAUGAUCCUUUGCAGCAGGAUGAGGUCGGACAGAAAGCUCCGGAAGCCUUCGAUCUUCUAAUUGUAAAGUUUUUAUCUUCAAAUCUUUUUGUGUACAUACAUGAAAUAUAACCUGAAUCUAUAUAUUCUGUACUGACGAGUGUAUUUCAUGUGUUGUUUCCGUGGCCAAUCGUCGCUGUCAGAUCCUGCGUGGCCCUGCCCCUCCUGGCCUCUGAUUGGUCGAGGAGUUUAUUGAUGUAAGGGGUGGGGCCUGCUUUUAUUUUUCUGAGACAGAGUUCAAUGUGUCCACGACAUAUUUACUGGAAAAACUAAAGAUAUUUUUUAUGGACUUUUGUGUAAAUGUUCUUCAAAUUAUUCUACUCGUUUUCUACGAACACGCACACACGCACACGCACACGCACACGCAUGGAAACUCACUGUCUUCCCCCAAACUUAAACCUGAUUUAACCUGAACCUUAAAACUGCAUAAAAAGUACUUGGGACGACACAGUGACACAGUCUCGCAGUGGGAAAUAGAAACAAACGCACACACCACACACACAUUGGAGUAAAAUAAUAAAACUAUUUUGUUGUGUA